UGCCGUCUAUAUUUAACUCAAACUAGGGACCACUAGGACUCAGUUAAGCUCUCCCUCCCUCUCUUUCUGUGUGUCUGUAUGCGUAUGUUGCUCUGAAAUACACUACAGCCUCUCUUGGUUGCGCUCCACGCAUCGGACAAGACUUCAGUGAGCAGGUAAAAGCAGAGGCAGGCAGCUGCCUCCGGCCCCAACAGCCAUGGAGGGACUCUACUUUGAAGUGAAGCCCAGAAGAGGGGAACCCUCCAGGCCAGGGAGCUCUGAGAAACCUCCUCCUAAUCUAACUUCAAAUAACCGCUCCUGUCCAUCACUUUCACAUCUCUCCUCUUCCACACCAUGUCCUCAGAAACUCUCUUGUGUUAUGAAGAGGACUGCAACAUGGGGGGGAAAGGCAGAGGAAGAAGAAGAGGAGGAGGAGGUACGAUACAAACUGACACUGAUUGGUUCUCUGCCGGUCCACCAUCUGACCACCAUGGCCAUGCUACCCUGGGUGGUGGCUGAAAUCAGCAGGCCUCGGCCUGCAGAGAAGAAUCUUGGUGCUGGGUUGCGGUCUGUCGGACAGGUGGACCCUUCUAACCGUAAUCAGACCAUUUUUCUGUGUGUGUCAGCAUCGUGGGUGCGAUGUGUGUCUGUCCUGAGAGAGGGAGUUGUCUGGGACCCUCUGUCACACACAGUGCUGUUUGAAUGUCGUCCUCACCAGGUGACAAAGCUAAUUCACAACAGCCAGGAGCCCAGCAGCUUUGGCUGUCUGGUCAGAGAUGCACCGAAUUGUGCCUGCUAUGUCUUCCAGUGCCAGGACAGCACCAAGGUUCCUGAGAUCAUCAGUACGUUGAGGCAAGCUGGCAAGAGCUCGGCGCGCAGCGAUGACAUCGCUACCAUUUCCAAUAAAACUUCCACCGGAGGCAGCGAUCCCUCUGAUACAUGUUCUUCUCUCUCCUCAACGACAAGCUCCGCAGCUCCUGCUGUGUCUCCGACAGCCUUUGCCAAGAAGUUUGAGGUGCUGUUUUGCGGCCGUGUGAGUGUCGCUCACAAGAAAGCCCCUCCUGCCCUGAUUGAUGAGUGCAUCGAGAAGUUCAGUCAGUCACAUGGCUCAGGGAGGGGAGAUAAAGGAGGAAAUAGCGGGGGAUUGGUGGGUGGGCUGAGGAGGGCAUUAGCCUUUCAGUCUAAUGGACUUGAGAGUGGUGGUGUUGGUAAUGGUUCGGCAGGGAGCCCAACAACUGGGAAACGUCCUGUCCUGUUUAAAAAAGACCCCAGCUUUCCCUGUCUGCAAGCCCUCGAUGAGAAUGGACUCUCACCAGAGAUCUCUCACACCAACACUACUGAUGCACACACGCACUCCACUGGGGUACAGCCCACCAGCCUGCAGGAGAACAGGACCAUGCUGUUCACGGUGGGCAGGUCUCAGAUCUUCUUGGUCAGUCCGGACACUAAGAAAGUUGCCAUAGAGAAAAGUUUCAGAGAAAUCUCCUUCUGCUCACAGGGUAUUCGUCACGUUGAUCACUUUGGCUUCAUUUGCAGAGAGACGGUGGAAGGAGGAAGCUGCCACUUUGUUUGCUAUGUCUUCCAAUGCACAGACGAAUCACUGGUGGAUGAGAUCAUGCUGACUCUGAAGCAGGCGUUCUCUGUGGCAGCCCAGCAGCAGAACGCAAAGACCCAGAGCCAGCAGUGUGACAGCUGCCCCAUGCAGCAGCUCCACAGACUGUGUGAGAGGAUAGAAGGUCUACACCCUUCUAAAACCAAGCUGGAGCUUCAGAGACACUUGGCCACUCUGGACAACCAAGAGCAAGCAUCAGUCUUUGAAAACACUAUGAGGGCUCGACCUAAGAGCGAUCAGGAAGAGAAUGAGUUGGUGAUGACCUCCUUGAGGAAUCUGUAUGAGGAGAGGCAGAGGAGCCAUCAGCACACCCUGCCUGGAGACAGCAAACUGGUGUGUGAGGAGGCAGCUCCAGCCCCAGUGGAGGCUCAGCAGCAGAGUAGCAGUCGGCUGCGACUUGAGCAAUUCAAGAGCCGAGCCAAGCGCUCUCUCACUGAGUCCCUGGAGGGGAUCUGGAAGGGGAGCAGCAAGGCCAGAGCUCAGAGGGACAACAGCGUAGGAAGUGACAGUGGCUCUUCCGUCUGUACGGUCAACAGCAGCCAGGAGCAGCCUUGUCUCGAUGACCCCUUGCUUGCCUCCUCCCAGCUGCGACCUACCAGCCCACUCAGGUGCCACAACUCAACAGGAGACCUGAAGCGCCUUGACGCCUCUCUCCCCAUCUCUCCCUCCUCCUCCUCUUUACCCGGUGACUCUCAGCCUCAGGGCUUCCGCCGACGGGCCAGUACCUUCAGCCACCCUCCCUCCACUUCCUCAGCAGAGUACUCCCCUGUGCACACACUAACUCACACGCCACAGGACCCCACUGCAGCUACCAAGCCCAAGCUUGUACGACACUACUCCGUCAGCACCGACACUCCACACCAGAGCAAACAUGUCACAACCGACUCCACCCUUCCUCCUGUUCCUCCCUGCGCUUCAUCUCUUUCUCCUUCUCUCCCCCCUCAUCAUCCUUCCUCACCCUCUGCUGGAGCCCGGCUCAAUAAAAGACGUUCUCUGGGUGGUCUGCGUGCUCGUCUUCACUCCUCCUCCUCUGUCCCUAAUUUUUUGAAAUUUCCAUUUCUGGCCCCUGUCCAAGAGAAUGAUUGUCCUGAGCCAAAGAGCAGUGAUGUUGCAGCUCUGUCCACACCAACUGCAGCAUGUGGGAUAGGUGAAAGUCCACUGCGCAGCCACCGCCACUCAUGGAGGCAGCAGAUCUUCCUACGGGUCGCUACACCUCAAAAGAGCACAGAAACCAAUGAGCGGGGGGAUCCCUGUCUAGAGGGGGGUCGAGUGUGUGUGGGCCAGGUGGGAGUUGGAGUAAGUGGGGACUCGUCCAUAAGGGUGGUGCCAGAGGAGAGGACGAAAAGGAGCAAAGAGGAGCUGAGGGAGCUCUGGAGGAAGGCCAUCCUGCAGCAGAUCCUGCUGCAGCGGAUGGAAAGGGAGAACCAGAAACUACAGGCCUCAGAGAGCGAUCUGCAGAACAAGCGUCUGAAGCUGGACUAUGAGGAAAUCACUCCUUGUCUGAAGGAGGUCACUCUGGUUUGGGAGAAGAUGCUGGGAACUCCUGGGAGGGCAAAGGUCAAAUUCGACACUGAGACCAUACAUGCCGCUGUUGCACAAGGCGUCCCAAGGCAACAUCGAGGCGAGAUCUGGAAGUUUUUGUCUGAACAGUACCUGCUCAGGCAGGCGGUCCCGUCCCGACCCCCUGCCAAUCACACUCCUUACAAAGAGCUGUUGAAACAGCUCACGUCGCAGCAACAUGCCAUCCUCAUAGAUCUGGGUCGCACUUUUCCAACUCAUCCAUAUUUCCAAGCACAGCUAGGGGCAGGACAGCUGUCUCUAUAUAAUAUACUGAAAGCCUACUCGCUGCUGGACCCCGAGGUGGGCUACUGCCAGGGCCUGUCCUUCAUUGCGGGAGUGCUGCUGUUACACAUGGGGGAAGAGGACGCCUUCAACAUGCUCAAAUUUCUGAUGUAUGACGUGGGGCUCCGCAAACAGUACAGGCCUGACAUGAUCAUCCUGCAGAUUCAGAUGUACCAGUUGUCACGACUGCUCCACGACUACCACAGGGAUCUUUACAGCCACCUAGAGCAGCAGGAGAUCGGACCCAGCUUAUAUGCCACCCCCUGGUUUCUCACCGCCUUCGCCUCGCACUUCCCCCUCGGCUUCGUGGCCAGAGUCUUCGAUAUGUUGUUCCUGCAGGGGUCAGAGGUCAUCUUUAAAGUGGCCUUGAGCCUGCUGGGGAGCCACAAGCCUCUGAUCUUGCAGCAUGAGAGCCUGGAGUCCAUAGUGGACUUCAUCAAGACCACGCUGCCCAACCUCGGCCUGGUGCAGAUGGAGAAAACCAUCAACCAGGUUUGUCAGAUGGACGUGUGCAAGCAGCUCCAGGCCUACGAGGUGGAGUACCACGUGCUGCAGGAUGAGCUGCUGGACACGCCCCCGACCCUCAACCAACACCAGCGAGCUGCACAGCUGGAGAGGACCAAUCAGAGCCUCCGACAGCAGAACCUCGACCUGCUUGAGGAGCUGCAGGUGUCACACGCCCGCGUCUGCAGCCUGGAGGGCCGGGUAGAGGCUCUGGCCCAGUCGGAGAGCCAUCUGAGGGAGCACGUUUCUGCACUGGAGGAAGAGAAGAAGCAGCUAGUGAGCACCGUCACACGCCUCCAGGACCUCCUCGCCAGCCUCGGCAUACACACCACCCCUGAUGGACACACACUCCCCCCACCCUCUGAAAGACACAGGGUCACAGCGAACAGGACUGUAGACUCCCUUCCCCACCCUUUGGUUCUUCCAGAGGGUUCAUAGCUGCACCUAAUAAUUUUCCAAAUGGAAGGGUCGACCAGAGUGGUGUGGAAGGCCGAGGGAGGGGGGGUUGAGUGAGACGUUAAGAUGACUCCCCACCUCGACCUUUAUCCUCCAGAAUGUUUUAAUAAAAAGAGGGAACACAGACAUAGUUGGACCUAAAACGGAGAGGAGAAGAAAGGAAAUAUGAAAAAAUGGGGAAGAGGUUAAAAGAGAGAAAAAUAUAGGAUGACACCCUUGAGUAUUAUUCCAAAACAUCUAAUGUAAAGAGAUGAUUUGAACAACAACUCCCAAAGGUAGCACUGUCCCACUGGGCCUCCACUGUAAAACAAAAACAGUUACAUUUGCACCUGUAUGUAUGUUUGCGUCUUUGAAUGUGUGUGAGUGUCUUCACUCGUGUAUCCGAUUCAACGAGGCUAAAAAAGCCAAAGAAUGUCCUUAUUAUUAUAAAACAAGCUCGAACAAAGAAUCAGAUCCCGAAACAUGUUAUUGAUUACACAUAAGUGAUACAAAGAUGAAAUGUUUCCAAAGAGGAGAGAAGUGUGACGAGAAAGUGAGAUGAAGGGACGGGUGAAGUGAACUUCAUGACAAAGUGUUUUUUUGUUUUUCUACUGUGUAAGUUGAAUAUGAUGUAAGCUAAAUGAUGUCAGAUCUUAGAUGGUGGUGCUCAUAUUCAGAGGUCAAAGGUGAACUAUUUUUGAUUCCGCCUCCUCCAUAUUUCUGGUCUUCCACGUUUUUGUUUCCUGAUCCUGUGCGAUUUAAACCUUAGUAACAGUGGCUCACAGGAAGAGUAACACAAUAAAUCCAGUCCAUUUCACAUCCUGUUUUUUCACCUUUGAAUACACGUCGAUCCAUCUGUGUGGAAAGGGAACUAGUUGCAGCUUCAGCAGAAAACUUUCAAACAGUAGCUGUGCCUUCCUAGGGAGGGGAAGUACAGACUUUUACUGAUCAAUGAAUUACUUCAAAACACACUUCUGUCUGAAACUUCAAAUAGAAAAACCUCUGCUGUUGAGACAAUCUGUCAGCUGGGAGUCAUUUACUGUAUUCAACACACUGAAUUUAACCCAAGCUGCAGCUUGGUGUGUCUGUAUGUGAGUGUCUAAAUGUGUGUCAGUGUGCUUCACUGAUGGCAACAAAUCUGUUGAUUUACACUGUAAAGAUAUUUUGCUUUUACUCCUGACUCUCCUUGCACAUGAGUUUUGUUUUAAUUGAUUAUUGCUAUUAUUGUUAUCCUGUACUUUCAAAUACAUUUCAUAUCCUUUCAA